CACCAACCAUCCGCUAUCAAUCAAGUAUAUCACUUCAAUAUUCCCUGUUCUCUUCUUGAACGCUCUCUACAAUGCCCAUGAUGGCUCGUACUGGUCCUCUUCAAGACCUCCCACUUGUACAUUUUCUAGCCAGCGGCGCCAAUUCAGUUCCCACCAAUGCCGCUAAACCAGCCAAACGCCCUCUUUCGCCUUCAAAAUCUACCAUUUUUAGUCCGGCUAAGCGCCGCAUCUUGCACUCAGAAGGCAUUCUCCUACCUGGUGAAGCCUCCCUGUCAUCAUUGCAACACCACAUUCCAUAUUUUGGAAGUGAUGUCGGAGCCUCGCACGAUUCGUCAAUAACAUUGACAUCACCCGCACAACGUGCUGGUGCCACUCAGGGAAGCUCAAGGGAUAGACGAACACCGAGAAGACCUUCGCCAAAGUUGAUACGCUCAACCAAUGCCUCAGGAGACGACUCGGCAUCUGCACUUAGCCUCCGUCGCUCGUCUCGCCUGCAGUCAUCCCAACGCGGCGCUGAACCUGGCGCCGCCUCAAUGGCAAUUCUUCGUGAGAUGCCACUGCCUCAUGAUCGUCAGUCAGUGCAUUAUCCUGGCUUUGACACGUAUCAAGAUACGCACAUAUUUCUUACACCAUCGCGACGAACAAGUCCGUCUUCUGAUAACGAAGACUCGUGGCCUAGUAGUUCUGAAGAAGGCCUUUCUGAAAGGGAGAUCACUAAAGAGAAUAUCCCUCCUCGAAAGAAAGCCAAGAAGGCCUCUUUAACACGGUCUCCUCUUCUGAUAGAAAAAACGUUCCGCUCAGAUCGAUCUACUACUCGAGGGGAAUCCCGCCAGCUGUCCGGCAACACAACUAGCAGUUUUUGCAUGGAUGGGGUUAUCACUUCUCAGGCUUCUUGAAUAUAACCCGCGAUAGCCACUUUCUCAAUAUAGGGACAUGGGAGGGCGUUUUUGGGAGGAACCUUACAGGGCAGUCUAUUUGAUCUACGCAAUCCAUCUUCUCCUAUCUUCCAUCUGUCUUGUCUUUUGAUACUUGGUUGGCCCGGAUCUAUUAUUCACAUUUUAUGAAAUCUCCGAUGACUAUCUGCACAUUGUCAGUUACAUAUAUUUGAUACUGUAACGCCGGUUACCUGGAACAACAUGUGGUUCAACUCAUGACCUUGGAUUUGUCGGUUUAAUUCAAGUCUAAUUUGUUAUGUUCUUUCUGA